AUGACCUCAUUCUCUGCUACUUCACUGGGCCAAAGCCAUAGAGUCAACAUGAAUCGCCUACCUUCGGUUUCCAGCCUCAUGUCCCCGCCAGAGUCCAAACCUCUGGAGAGCUUUAACCCUGCACUUUCACCUUUUGCCAUGUCACAGGAAUCAUCAUUCAACAACGACAUUAAAUUACCCCCAAUAUCAGCUGAUCGAAAGCGGACACAGUCUGAAAUGGACUUGCCUUCGCCACCUGUUACUCCAUACACGGGGAAUAAGAAGAGAAAGCAAAGCGUUUCUGAGCACAUUGAGAGCGAUGCUGUUGGCUCCUCGAGAGACCCCGUUCUUUUCCCUCGCCACAAUUCUGUAACUGAUGUUGCCGCUGAUGAGCCACUGUUUGGGCCCAUGCUGCCACCCGCAGCAGAAGCACUGGUUGAACAACAUAUCAGUUCUCACAUGGCAAGGUUUGAGAAUAAGUUGAACAAGCCGACACGUGAUGAGUACCUGUUGGCUCUUUCAUGUGUGCCAAUUGUUUCAGCGCAGUAUAACCGCAACCCCAGAGCCUGGGCUAAAGAGGAGAGAGAAACCCUAGAGCGUCAGCUGGCCAUGAUGAAUCGCUGUCACCCCAGAGCUCUAGAGGCAAAGUUGAAGAAAAUCGCGCCAGCCCCGGCAAAAAGGGCAGUUACUGCCCAACCACGUGUGCAACGAAAUUCUAGAGUUAAGCGUACACCAAAAUCUACUCCAAAGCAGAAGGCUGUCGACUCUUUUGACUUACCUCCACCAUCGAGCUCGAAACCACCUCGAGCCUUAGGCACAAACCGGGAUGACACUGAUUACAACUCCCUAAAGGACUUUUCGCCUCCAUUGGAGACACUUGGUGGCAAUGCGAAGGCAUUAAAAGCAGACUGGAAAGGACAGAUGUUAGAUUUGAGCAAUGAUCCAGAUCGGCAUUUGCUCUGCUCAGCUGAAACCAAUCUUGCUGCCACCUUAAGGCUUUCAUGCGCAACAUAUUUGUGCAGCAAACGUCGCAUUUUUGAAGCUCGUGUCAGGGCAUUGAAUGUUGGGAAAGAAUUUCGCAAAACAGAUGCUCAGCAAGCUUGCAAGAUUGACGUAAACAAAGCCAGCAAACUCUGGACCGCAUAUGAGCGGGUUGGUUGGUUUAAACCUGAACUUUUUCAACACUUUCGGAGAUGA